UUCAAUAAUCAGUAUUAACUGGCAUUCUAGAGGGUUGCCUGCCGACAAAAGUUCAACGUGUGCGAUUUGCAAAAUACACAUAACCUCAACUCAACUCAGCUUUUGUCAAUGUCAAAGUACCACUAGACCUAGAGAGACCUCACACCUUGGCCAAUUUCAAAUUUUGUGAAUCCAUAAAAUCGCCCGCCCAAAUACAUCCACUAAUCAGCUCCUCCAUCUCCUAAUUUCCAUUUUUUUUAAAACUAAACUUUUGUCUCUCUCUUGUUCCGAGCUCUUUAAACCAUACCAUACCAUACCCUAGGCAAACUAAGCAAUCACUCUUCCAUUUGAGAUGGCAAACACCGAUUCUACUGUAGCUGCUCCUGCUUCUUCUGCUUCCCCUCUUUCCGCGCGGUCACGAGUUCAAGUUGUGAAAACAGUGAAAUGUAGGAGGAAAGAGAACGUGGUGCCGGCUAGCUCCAAAAUUGCGGAAUUGACUGAAUCAAGGCAAGAGCUGCUCAAUAGAAUUCAGAGCUUGAAAACAGAUCUUCAAAGUUGGAGAUAUAAGUUAGAUGGCCAAGUUAAGGUCUACCGCAAUGAGCUGUCGGAGCUUAAGAAAUCGCUGAAUGUUGAAGUUGAGAAGCUUAGAUCUGAAUUUCAAGAGUUAAAAACAACUCUUCAGCAACAACAGGAAGAUGUCACUACCAGCUUAAGAAAGUUAGGGCUUCAGGAUGCCUCAGAAGAAACAAAAGAGUCAGAAGAUGCCGAGAUUGAUAUCAAUGAAGAGAAUGCCAAGGAUUUGACCGAAGAUGCCAAGCCUGAUAACAGUGAAGAGGAUGAUCAAGAUUUGCCAAAGGACAGCGGUAAAGACACCAAGGAAUAGGAAUAGACUGAAUUAUGCACAUCCUCUCCCGACAUUUCAUCUCCUCUGGUGAGAUAUGGUUGGACAUUUUGUGCUAGGUUAAGUGUUCUCUUAUUCUCAUAGAUGAUGAGACCAUGUCUUCCAUUGAAGUAGCUUUGGUGAAUGAUUCCUUUUCUUUCAGCUGUUAGAUCAAGGAUUUUACUUGUACUGCUAUUGACACUCAUGAGGGGUAAUCUCAUGGAUCAUUUGAUUUAUUGCACGAGUCACUAAAUUAUUUUUAGUAA